UGCACAGCACCCUUCCCCUUAAGGCUUUGGGGUGGGAGGAGGGACCAUCGGAGGCAGGGAAGUCCAGAGAAAGAGUGAGUUUUGUCCCCAAGGGCAGACAGCAUUUGGGGAAAGGGUUGCCAGUUGAGAAUGGAACCACUCUGGAGCAACUUCCUGGUGGAAGAGAGCAAGGGUUAUUAUUAGCUGAGCAGGAACCGAGGAAGAGAAAACACAACAUCCCUGGGGAUGCUGGGAAGAGACGGGGCUGGCUUGGGAGCAGAGGGAGAUAAAGUGGAGGUGGCUGAGAAUUGUGGCUGGAUCAGCUCUUCCUUUGGGGGGACAAUAAUAUAAGUGAAUUAACUUCCUCUUGGAAUGUACUGUGGAGAAACCUACAGCACUGAGAGGGUGGGAACUCCAAUCUGCUGGGGUGAGAGGAAAAGACACACCCACACUGAACAUGGGAGAGAUGCACAGGCCAGACCCAUGUGUAACUGGAUCUGUGCGUGUGGUUUAUGGGGCAAUUCCUUGGCCAAGGAUCCAGGAAGGAAGGAGGAGGGUGCGUAUGCUAGAUGGGCUGGGGUUGCUGUGUGGUGGUGGCAGUGCUUCCAGGGCUGAGGAUGACCUUGCCAAGCAAGCACUCUGAGUCUGGGAUAUGUAUAAAAUCACCACCCGUGUUUAUAUGGAAACAGGGUCCAUUUUCCUCUUUCCUGUCCUAUGCAGCCACCGUGAUAGGGAGAGCCUGCUUUCUACCAUGUAGGAUAGAAUUCAGAGAAAGAUAAAGUUCUGCCAUCGGGGAGUUCCUGGUCCGGUGGGGCAGCAAGGCUCACCCCCGAGACACAGCCACAAAGACUAGAAGGCUCAAAAAGUUUGGGGAGUGCCAGCCUUCUGUGAUACAGAUCUCAGGAGCAGAACUUUCCCUCGUCCAUCUCAAGCUCACGACAAUGGGAAGUUCUUCUGAAGUCUCACCCAGAGCCAGCCUGAACAUGGAAUGAUGGCAUCAACAGACUUUCAGCUGCUGAGGAGCUAGGAGGCUCAAACUCCAUCUUGUCUGGGUUGGGGACAAGACUUGAAGUGCACGUUCUUUCUUGGCAGGACCUGGUCUCUCCACGGCAGGAUGGCCCAGGAGCUCAGUGAGAAGGAGCUUUUAAAGAUGGAGGUGGAGCAGCUGAAGAAGGAAGUGAAGAACCCAAGAGCUCCGAUUUCUAAGACAGGAAAGGAGAUCAAGGACUACGUGGAGGCCGAAGCGGGAAACGACCCUCUUCUCAAAGGCAUCCCUGAGGACAAGAAUCCCUUCAAGGAAAAAGGCGGUUGUACGAUAAGCUGAUGGCACUGGAGCCCCUCACCCUGAAUGCCUGCCCCUCCUCAGCCCCCUCCUUAUCCAGAAUCAAGUACCCUGGGACGCCCAGGGAACCAGUGGUUGUUCACCUUCUCUUAGUCACAGAAUGAGUAGAGAUGCCUGGCUGCGUACAUCAUGAAUCCAUUCCCCAGUCCUGCUUUGAACUCUUCUCUCCCAUUACCACCUGCCUGGUCACUGCUGACCCCACUUGGAAACACUCCCAGGAAAGCUUCCCUGGCUCAGCAGUGGACACCUAAACUCGUGGGGUCUGAAAAGGCUGCAGUUGCCUGAGACCUGGGACAGUCCUUGGGAAACAGUUACUCCUCCCAUUUCCCCCCUCCACUGUCUGCCUAGGAGCCAGAAUUCCCAUUCAGAGCUUUCGGGUUGAGGACUGGAGCUGGGGGCGUCCUUUCCCCCCACCUCAUGGCCGGUCCUGUGGAA